AUGGCUUCGUCCGGCCGGUCCUCGCGCUGGGACGAGCUCCCAGAUGAGAUUGUGCUCCAGAUUCUUAGCUAUCUCGACCCCUUGCACAUCACCAGGCUGCAGCUGGUCUCGCGAAAGCUGCAGAAGCUCUGCCUUGACGACGAACUGUGGAAACGACGCUGCUUCGAAGAAUCGCCCUGGUACCAGUACCUCAAGAACCGUCGCCGACUGUCCUACGAAACCGAAGGCGAACACCGAGAUGGAGCGGCGUUGCAGAGCCCCGAGGCCAAUGGCAGCAACACCAACGGCGACGGCAACAAGACCGCUCCAGAUGCAAAGAAGGGCAAGGCUGUGCCGGGCAAGACGCGGCGGAGGUAUCAACGAUGGCAAGAGAUCCAAGACAUGGCCAACUGGGACCCGACGUUUCCCAACGAACGUGUCUCUUGGUAUAGCGAGUACAUCCAUCGCAAUGGACCAACCUGCGUCAACUGGCUGCAGACGCCCCGAAUUCGCGACCGAGGCUACGAGGCCAUGAUGGAGGCUCGGGGACUGGAGCUCUAUUACCCAUAUGACGGAAACGAUGGCAUAGGCGCUAUGCUUGCGGUGUCGCCGCUCGACGAUGGCUCGGUCUGUCUGUGGGACGUCAAAGGGACGCGAGGCAAGGCCGGAUCUCUCCUUGCCACCAGCAAGUCCGAUAUUCUCUUCAUCGACGGCCCGGGCAGCCAGAACACUCGACGUUCUAAGAGGGUUGACACCGGGGUUACGGAAUGUGUCAGCGUUGACAACCAAAGGCACCGUGCAUAUUUUGCCGUGCAAAGCCACCUGAUCGAAAUCGACCUCGAGCGACUGGAAGUCGUGAGCCGCGAAUCCUUCGAAUGGUCCAUCACGGCCCUCUCAAAGAUCCAGAACGACGUUCCCCUGACGGUGGGAACGUCUCUGGGAAUCCAUCUACACGACUUUCGCUCAAGAGCCCGAGCGACGCACACGGCCGUCGAGCGAGUGGAUCAGAAUGACAUUUUCAAAUCCAUCUUUGACCCGACACCGCUGCUCCCAUACGCACCUCUAUCGCAGCCGACCCCUGUCAGCAUCAUACAUCUGCCUCUACGAGGAUCUCCGGACCUGGUGUCAAACGACAUCUACGUGGCCGGCAGAUUCUCCAACAUCCUGCACUACGAUCGACGCAAGUUCCCCGUCAUCAUGGACUCCAUCUACUCGGGGGCUACGAUCAACAGCAUGGCGGCAAUGCCUCACCCGUUCUCGUCGCUCGAUAGCGAGGUGCGGCGGCACGGAGAGCUCAGCACGGAGCAGGUCAUCCGGUCCAAGGGGGACGGCGAGGGCUGGACACUCAUCGCAGGGGGAACAUACAAGUCUAAGGGUUCCCUAGAGAUCUUUGGCCUCAGCCAGACCGCCGCGGACCCGAUUGUCUUUUCCGAUGGAGCUGGCUCCAUCAAGUGGUUUGAGAGGGACGGCUUGACCGAAUGCCGUCGGCUGAGGAUUGGCCACUGCGAAGGAGACGAGGCCCCAUCGCUGUUCGCCUCCAUGAGUGCUGCAGGCGAGCUGGCACGCAAAAUCGUGUCCACCAAGUCGAGGGAGGGUCCGGAUCGCCCCAAUGACGAUAACAUCUUGUUCUGGACAGGCGAGAGGCUGGGGCUCGUCAGCUUUACCCCGACGCCGCUCUAUCAGUCCAAGGAUUCUGAUGAGGAGGAGCCUGACCCUGCUGCAGAGGCAGAGGAAGAAGAGAGGAGGCGAGUCGCCGAGCGAAUGCGCGAGGCUUUAGAACGACAGGCAGACGAGGUUCGAUUCAUGCAGACGUUUGGGCAAGGAGUGCUUGGCGAAUAAGGGAGGAUUUCACUCGUGUACUGGCUGUUUUUUUCUGCAUAAGCGUAUCAAGAUUGUCUGUUGGAUGCGAUAUUACACUGCUUUUCUGGAGCGAAAAGGGCAUGUCGGGCAUGCAAGACGGGGGAGCCAUCACGACACCUGGCGUCCCGCUCAGCGAAAAAGAAA